CACUCAGUGACGGGCAGAGUAGCAGCAGACAGGCAGGACAGCAGAAGCCUUGAAAGCUCCUAUGUCGGAUGUCCAAUAACCGCACGGGUUAUAGAGGCGGGGAUGCGCGCACACCGUUAACUCUGAUGUUGGCGCAGAGCAGCACGGAAUUAAACAGGAUCUCCGGCAAGUGGCCCGCAAAACAUGCAGCGGAAAGUACCGGAUUUGAUUGAGAAAUACUGAGGCUCCAGCACAACAGGAGAGUUUCAAAUGCUCUAACACGCAGUGAUCUUCCGCAGAAAAAAGGAUGGACAGUAAAACACUAUUAUCACCCCCUUGUGGUGUGGAGGAAUGAGGGCCUCUGGAUGAAGGCCAUGGAGCUGAAAGUGUGGGUGGACGGAGUGCAGCGCAUCGUGUGCGGGGUCACGGAGUUCACCACAUGCCAGGAAGUGGUCAUUGCUUUGGCACAAGCCAUUGGACGUACUGGUAGGUACACUUUGAUUGAAAAAUGGCGCGAGACAGAACGUCACCUGGCUCCACAUGAGAAUCCUGUAGUGUCCCUCAACAAGUGGGGUCAGUAUGCCAGUGAUGUCCAGCUCAUCCUCCAGCGGACCGGCCCGUCUGUUAGCGAGCGGCCCACCUCUGACGGGCAGGCUCGAGUCCCAGAGCGUGGCUUCUACCGGCAGAGCCUUCCGCCUCUGGCCAAGCUCCGCCCAUCAGGGACAGACCGCUCCCUCAAAAGAAGGGAACCCAAACGCAAGUCUCUGACCUUCACUGGAGGGGCCAGGGGUCUGCGGGACAUAUUUGGGAAAAGCAGAGAUGCUGAAGCUAAACAGCCCCAGCGCGGUGUGAGUCUGAAUCUGAGCAGGGUUGGGGGUGUUGGAGUAGCAUCUGUACCUGGGAGUCCAGCCAGUGAGCUGAGCCGGCUGGUGCAGCUGCAGAGAGACAAACUCCAGGCCCUGGAGAGCCGUCUGCAAGGCUGCGAGGCUGAGCUACGAGACUGUGAGAGGGCCACCGGCCAGGCCAAUGAAGGGGAAAGUCUCGAGGAGGAGUUGAUGCUUUUAGAGCAGCAGGUGAGGAGGAACGAUGCAGAGAUGGAGGAGGAGGAAUUCUGGCAGAACGAGCUGCAGAUCGAGCAGGAGAGCGAGCGGAAACUCCGGCAACAGCUCUCCGAGCUGCAGGGAGGGGUGCGCAGCUGCGAGUCCAAGCUUUUAGAGUACUUAGCACGUAUACAGAACAUGGAGGCAGGCCUGGAGCAGGAGCGGCUACAGCAGGAGGCCGAGCUAAACCAGAAGAUAGAUGAGGAGGAGGUGCAAGCGCAGCUGGAGAAAGUGAGGGCAGAGCUGGAAAUGCAGAGCCAACACACGGCGCGGCUGGAGAGCAGCUGCAGGGCGUUGGAACAUUCGCUUGGCCAGUCCAGCAAGAGAUUACAGGAGAAGGAACAGGAGCUGGAGCAGCUGACAAAAGAGCUACGACAGGUCAACCUGCAGCAGUUCAUUCAGCAGACCGGUACCAAGGUCACCGUGCUGCCUGCUCAACCUACAGGAGAAAACAACAACGAAGUGGAGUCUGGCUCUCUGAAACAACUUGGCUCUUCUCGUCUCUUACCCAGUGACCUUCGCACUCUCCAAAGCACUGUGUCCUCCAGCUUCAACCCCGAGGGCAUCUACGUUUGACCCCAAACUGACAGUAUUUGGGCAGCAGGGCAGCCUGAUGUUAUUAGGAUUGUUAGUACUUGUGACUGGAAGGCCCAAGAAUUGACUCCUAAAACUGCUGAAAUGCUCUUGAGCAAAGCCCUGAAGCAACCAGGAACACGCUAGGUGUGGAGGAUGUUGACAAAAAAAACUAAAUGGGAUAUCACAGAAAACAGUUGUGACGACGAAACUUCCAUCUGUUUAGCAUCUUUCCUGCACUGCCUCCUCUUCAAUCUCACUAGGACAGAGACUCAAACUGAUGUCAAUAUUCAUUUGCAAGCUAACAUUUAUUCUGUCCACCACUCCCGGACUGCAAAAGCUCCAUUUCCUCAGAAUCUAAAUAAUUCACAUGCCAGCACAUGUGCUUUUGUUGACUGAGGAGGCUUCAGGCAAACAGUGCAGAUAAACAUUAUUUUUUUGUGAAUCAGAAACCGGGGGGAAUUUCAGGAUGUGUCUCACAUGUAAACAUAAUCCAUGCACGAGCAUGCAAAAACACCGACACCACACCUGUGCUAUAACCAUAGCCAUAUCCGAUUGCCUUACUCUGGUGUUUAAAAACCAGACGUCAAUAAGUCUAAUAUUAAAACAGAACUUAAGGUAGCUACUUAACUAUGCGCCAUAUAAAUUUGAUGAAAUAGCACCAAUUCAGGUGAUACCUAGUCAUGGUAACUGAUGUCAGUAUCACUCACCACUGGCGCAAUCCUUUUCUUUCACAUAAGUUUGAAUUUUUGUAUUGAUUUUAACGGGAAAUAAAUUUGGAAAAAAUGAAAAGUUAAUUAUGUAAAAAGGAAUAGAGGAGAAAAUUGAUGGAGUAACAUUGUCAACAACUGAACAUUUUUGGUGAAAUAGUUUGGUCAUCUUCAGUGCAGCGCCAUUAAUCUCCUCUUUGUUUCAGUUGAACACUUUCUCCAAAAAGCUCUGGUGUGAAUGGAGAGAUAGCAAUGAGGGAGGCCUCUGAGCCUGCAGUGGAAAUCCAGCCUGGAAAAUUUGCCAACACUGACUUCACACCCAAUCUGACCACCAGGUGGCGCCAAAACAUAUAUUAUUCAGACAGGUGAAAGUUAACUGUGUCAAAGUUACUCCUGGUCUGAUGUUAUCAGCCUUCGUUCAUUUUAAUGGGUCAAAAAUGACAUAUCAUUGAAAUAUUACACCAACAUGCUAUAUUGUUUUGUCUGAGUUUCAUUUGAUUUUUAACAUUUUAACGAAAUAAAGAUGUCUUAUAUGAACCAAAGCUAGUAUAAAAAAAUAGUUAGAUGAAUGUACUUUUUUACAUGUAUGCAAUGCCCAUGAAGUGUCGAUCGACUUGAAUCAAGUAGUAGUCGCAUAUAUUUUUCAUGGUAGCAGGAAAAGACAGAAGACACAGUAAAGGCAAUGACAAACCUUGUAAAAAUCUGACACCUUCUUUUCAGGCUAAAACACUUAAAACAAUGCAGCUACAAUUCCACAAGUGUCUGGAUGUCGCUGCAUUUACCCAAUUCAAGUUGAUAAUUUCUCAACACAGAAUAAAAGGAGAUUUCUCGCUGGGUUUCUAGGAUGAAACUGACAGAAAUUGCAUAAGAAUAUGGGAGCUCAAACAAGGGUCAAUAAGAAAUUGAGCUUGUGAUAUGAUGUUCAGAAUCUAUUUCAAAGUCUGCGUUCGUAUUUCAAACCUGUGAAAAUCUGUAAAAACAAAUGAGAAUGUCUAAAUAAUAUUUUUGGAUAAAUCGAAACAACAGUACAUGCACACAAAUGCACAUUUAAGUGUGAAUUUUGGCCCUGCUUUGGGCUGUAAAUAUAGAACUAAAAUUCAUACAUGGGAACAUGGAAUACUUAGUUUCACAUCAUGAAUCUGAAAUGAGAGUCAUUGUGCAGAACGAGAAAGCCUUUCAUAGACAAUGUGAACAAAGUAGUUGAAAGUAACCGUAACAUGUACUCAAGUACUGUUCUUACGUACAGAUUUGAGGUACAUUUAAUGCUACUCCACUUUUCACUACAUUUUCUUUAGGUUUUAGUUACUUUGCAGAUUCAAAUUAAUAAUACAUAACAUAAUCAACACAUAAAUUGAUCAUACAUUAUUAUAGAUUAAGCUACCCAGCACUACAUAAAGUAGUUAAUAUUAGCCCCACCUUUACUAGCUGCAACAUUAAAGUGAUUAAUAAUCCAAUAAUAUAGUACAUUGUUCUGAAAUGGGCUAUUUUGCAUUGGAAGUACUUUUAUUUUUGGUACUUUAAGUAAAAUAUAGAAUGCAUGACUGAACUUGUAACUGAACUUCUACACUUUGGUUUUGUAGUUGUAGAGUAUUUCUUCCACCUCUGUGUACAUUUGUACAUUCUCAUCUUUUGCUACAUCUUCAAAUCUUUUCUACCCCUUUACAAACUUGAAUCUCUUGUGCACAAUUCCCCCCAUCCCAUACAAAGCAUGAUAUACAACCACAAGCUUUGACAUUAGUAUCAUUUCACAAGCUCGAUAUCUCAUUGACCCCUUGUUUGAGCCCAUAAGAAGAAGGUUGUGUUUAUGCUGUGAAUGUACAAUAAAGUGAAUUCCUCCCUCCAGUGUAAAAGGCCCAUGUUGUUUGCUCUGCAGAGCGAAGAUGCCUGGAGGAAUUCACAACUUGGCAAACUAUUCUCAGAAAUUGUUCAGUGGCAGCGGUGUCCCCCCCCCCCGUGUGCAGUAUUGUCGUCAUGGCAACAACUCCAGCUGUGACACAGAGACUGCAACCCGUUAAUAAAGGAAUCACAGCUCUUGUUGACUGAAAGUUGGCAUACCUUACUGAAAAAAAAAUUUAAGGAACGUCUACAUAUCACACCAGUCUAUGGACUAAUUUUAAAGUAGACUGAUGUCUGAAAUAUGCAGAGUGCUAGGUUAGAUUUUAAUGUUGCCGAUCAAUAGGCAGCUCUGUGUGCAUGCAAUAAUGUGUGAUUGAUUUAUUUGGACUCCCAAUUAGUGGCUACCAGGGAUGCGACAAUAUGAUUAAUUUUUAUUUUUGGAUUGUUGUGUCCCUUUUUGCCUUGUUGACAUUUACUUUUGAUGGAUGUUUGAGCUUUGGUAAAGAGCAAGCAGACAGUUCAGUGUAGCAGGAAAAUGUAUGGGUAAAUGUAAUCAUUCUGGCGAGGACAACAUGUUGCAUUGAAAAAAACAAUAUGUUUACCGACAUUGUUAUAUCUUUUUUUUCUUUCUGCUUCAAGCUUUGAGAUUGCCAAUAAUUGUGUUAUGUUGUGCCAUCAAUGGUGCUUUUAGAUGAAAGUGCAUAUACAAAUGAGAUGAUGGAGCCAUUAUGGAAACAGCCAUCAAGUGGUUUUGAAAGCUAUUUUAGAAACGCUGCAGCUCAGGGAUAUUUCAAGACACAGAAUUACCCAGACAAGAAUGGGCAGAAAGUAAUUAUGGAUAAAUGCUAUUCAUGAUGUCUCAAGCCAUUUGACAAGUUAAAUCGUAUAUAUUUGCUCUCAUGGGGACUUGAGCAGCUGUUUGACAAGUUUAACAUGUUGCACGGGCUCCUGUAAACAACACAACACUUUUAAAUGAAGUAAUGAUUUGGUUCUGAGAGUGUUUCUGGUGGCUCAUGAUUCACAUUGAAGCUAGCAACUGAAGUGGAAGCCAUUGGGUCUGUAGCAUAAUCCUGUUCCUUGAAACACCCUUCAGAGUGCUUACAUCAACGCUUCACUGUAAACAUAUUGCUGGUUAUAUAAUCUGCGCUUGACUAACAUCACUGACUAACUCAUUGUUUAUUAAAACAAAUUAUAAUUUUG